ACGCUCCGCUUUUAACAUUUCCGGCGUAUUGUUGACAUCAACCGAACGGGAAACAAGCUUAUUUUUCCCUCAUACACAUUUUCCGGAUAUGUCUCAGCAUGCAUUAAGAAGACUCAUAACCGGAGUUUUUAACGUGCAGCGAUCUGAAACUUACCGCUCAGCCUUGCGUGUUGGAAGCUGCGUGAAGAUAAACAAGAGGUGUCGGUCUGAUGAAGUGAAGGGCAGUGAGGAGUUUGAUGUGUCCAUUCUUGAGUUUCUUGUUUGUCCACUGUCCAAAAAGCAAUUGAGGUACGACGAAAAGAGUAAUGAACUAAUAAACGAGGAGCUUGGCAUCGCGUAUCCCAUCAUUGAUGGCAUUCCUAACAUGAUCCCACAAGAUGCUCGAAUGAUCCAGAAAAUGGAAACCUCUAAGAACCCCUCUGAAUCUUAAGAACUUUAAUAAAUUCAGUGAAUUUUCUGCAACAAUGUUUUUCUCCUUAUCCACAGUGACUGUUCUUGUGCCACUAAUAUCCCUGACUGGACUGUUUUAUUCAGCUAGUGUGGAUGAAAACUUCCC